UGUUAGUGUCGUCGUCCGCAAGUCCCAGGCCGACGCUGCGGCGCAGCCAGUGAAUCGCAACUCGCCCGUCGCCACUGUCACCUCCGACACCCCCCGCGCCGCUUACGGUGGCAGUCAACGCAUGGUUAGCCGCACGCUAACAUGUCACCUUUCUCGCCUCCUGCUCCGCUGCCCUCCUCCUCAGAUCCCUAACGACUCCACUCCACUUCUUUUCAGGUGUCGAAGGCUCCUCGAAAAAUUUGAUCCACGAGGAACGAUACAAGGAGGCGCGUGUUCCUUGCCGCAGCUGCUUACACCCAGUGUAAGUUUGGAAAGUUGUUCUAAUAAAUAUUCUAAGGUCCAUUGUCAAAGUACAAGGUAUGGAGUGUCCAGUUAUUUGAUUGGCAUUAAUGUCAAUGGGUUGCGUAAUGUUCAUAGCUAUCAGCCACUCAAGAAUACAGGGCAGGAUGUAGUGGAAUCUCUAAAUGCUAUGGAAACUGAGGUACCUGUUAACGACCAAUGCGGUGCAAAACUAAAGAGGAAAAAACUAAAAGGUAGAAGGGCUGUUGUAAAGUGGCUCAAAUAUUUUAGGUUUAAAAAGAAAAAAGAGUAUGAAAGAAUGACUGCUGAAGAGAAAAUUUUAUUCAAGUUGAAAAAGGCUAAAAGGAAGGAGGAAAGACUUGUUGAGGCAAUGAAGAAAAUCGAACCUACAGCCUCUUCAGAAACUACCCAUGAUCCUGAGAUACUUACCCCGGAAGAGCACUUUUACUUCCUCAAGAUGGGUCUUAAAUGCAAAAAUUAUGUACCUGUUGGUAGACGUGGUGUUUUCCAGGGAGUGAUUCUGAACAUGCAUUUGCACUGGAAAAAGCAUCAGACACUGCAGGUGGUGGUGAAGACAUUUUUGCCAGAGGAAGUUCGUGAGAUUGCUGAAGAAUUAGCUAGAUUAAGUGGUGGAAUUGUGCUUGAUAUACAUGAGGAAAACACCAUUAUCAUGUACAGGGGAAAGAACUAUGUGCAACCCCCAACAGAGAUUAUGUCACCGAAGGUCACUCUUUCGAGAAAGAAGGCUCUUGACAAGUCAAAAUACCGAGAUGGCUUACAUGCAGUCAGGAGGUUCAUUCCUAAGCUUCAUCAAGACCUAGAGGACCUACACGAGCGGAUGAAAAGAGAGGGAGAAAGUAUAAACAUAGCCAUUGAGGGAGCAACUUCAAAUGUUGUAGAAAACAAAAUAGCUCCAUGUAGUAAUAUGAAAAGCUUAAAGGAGCUUGAGGUGGAAGAAGCUAGGCACGAGCCCAUUGACGAUGAUGCACUGGUUGCAUCGAGUUCAUGGUCAGAAUCAGAGGACCUUUCAGAUAUAUUUGAGACAGAUUCUGAAGCGGAGACUGAACAAUCAGAGCGUCCGCUGUAUCUAGACGCACUAGAAAAAUUUCCAUCUAACAUGGGUAAAGAGCCAGAGGACUUUGAGGAGCAUCUACGCCAAAUUGCUGCUGCCUCAAAGAGAGCUAACUUAUCUACCAAAGAAGUGAAAUUAGGUGACUUGGAUGAGGUCGAUAAGAUUUUCCUUAGAGCCAGUGCCUUAUUGAAGAAAAGAAGAUGACAAUUUUAAGCCACAUGGCUUCCAUGGCCGACAUUGGUAAAGUAACACUAGAUUCUUAUCCAUGAGGUCGACUUCUAACUGAACUUUUGUGAUGUAAUUCAUGGACUCUUGUUCCAUUUGGGCACUCAGUCCAGGCAAAAAUUGAAAGUUGAAGAGCUCGUUUGGAUACUAAGAAUAUUCAUCCACUCCUUUUAUUCCGGCAUACACACUGAGA